AUGAAGUAUGAAGGAAAGAAAGUUGUCACGGAAGGUAAUAACCUUUCGGAACCGAAGGAUCGAACCGCACAAGUUUUUACAAAUAAUAGCAGUAGUAGUAGAACCAAUAGUUCGAGUGGUUCUUCGGAUAUCGACGACUCCAACGAUUCAAAAGUCGAGUUUGCCAGGAAUUUUAUCUCUUCUGUCCGGCCGGUGAAGGGCGAAGAGGCUUUGCCUGUGACAGAGGCUUGGCCAUUGUCGGUGAGGGUUCCAGUGGAGGCUGCGUUGGUUAAUUAUAAGAAACCAAAAGGUCUGGUUGUUCACAAUUGCAAGCAGUUUUGGAAAGCAGGUGAUUACGAGAUCACCAACAGAGGCGAUGUUGCUUCCACUUCUGCAGGCAUAGAACAUGUUAGGGUCCAUCCUAAAUUUCUACAUUCAAAUGCGACCAGCCAUAAAUGGGCUCUGGGAGCUUUUGCGGAGCUUCUAGAUAACUCUUUGGAUGAGGUCUGUAAUGGAGCUACAUAUGUUUAUGUCGAUGUUCUUGAAAACAGGAAAGAUGGCACUAAAAUGUUGCAAGUUGAAGAUGAUGGUGGUGGAAUGACUCCUGAUAAGAUGCGGCAGUGCAUGUCUCUUGGCUAUUCUGUAAAAAGCAACAUGGCCAACACCAUUGGUCAAUAUGGAAAUGGGUUCAAGACAAGUACAAUGAGGCUAGGAGCAGAUGUUCUCGUGUUUUCACGUUGCCAAGGGAAUGAUGGACAAGGGCUCACACAAAGCAUCGGAAUGCUAUCCUACACAUUUUUGAGGGGUACUGGAAAGGAAGAUGUUGUGGUUCCCAUGAUUGACUUUGAGAAAAAAGGACAAGAGUGGAAGAAGAUGACACGAUCUUCUCUGCAUGACUGGAAUAGAAAUUUAGCAACCAUAUUGCAGUGGUCACCUUAUGCAAAUGAAGAAGAGCUUUUUAAGCAGUUCAAUUCCCUGAACGAUCAUGGAACACGAAUAAUUAUAUACAACCUUUGGGAAGAUGACGAAGGAAAUCUGGAACUUGAUUUUGACACAGAUAAACAUGACAUUCAACUUAGAGGAGUCAACCGAGAUGAAAAGAGCAUACAAAUGGCACAACAAUAUCCCAACUCUAGACACUUCUUAACUUAUCAACACUCACUAAGGAGUUACGCAUCGAUUCUCUAUCUGAAACUUCCAGCUAACUUCAGAAUUAUGUUGCGUGGGAAAGAUGUUCAACAUCACAACAUAGUGAAUGACAUGAUGUUAACAAAGGAGAUAGCAUACAAACCCCUGCAUCUUCAAAAAGAUCCAAAUAUGGCUGCCCUCGGGACAAUUGGGUUUGUAAAGGAUGCGAAAUCCCAUAUUGAUAUUCAGGGGUUCAGUAUAUAUCAUAAGAACCGAUUAAUUAAGCCAUUCUGGAGGCUAUGGAAUCCUGCCGGCAGUGAUGGUCGUGGAGUUAUUGGUGUAUUGGAAGCUAAUUUUGUUGAACCAGCUCAUGACAAACAGGGCUUUGAGCGUACAACAGUGCUUUCGAGACUCGAGCAGCGAUUAAUUAAAAUCCAAAGGAACUACUGGAGCGCAAACUGCCAGGAAAUUGGUUAUGCUGCAAGGCGACGUCAGGCUGAUUCUCCAGACAAAGAAUCUUUAGUAUCUUGCAAAGAGAAAUCCACUACUGCUUCUCCAGCCCAGGAAGAGAAAUGUAAUGGAAGUGCUUCUCCAAGUCGGGGUUCUAAAUCAAAGUCCACUGUGAAAUCUAAUAAAAGACCACGACCUGUAGACUCUGCAAGUGAAGAUGAAAGUUUUCAUGAAGCAUCACCUUCCUCUCGUGAAUCUAAGCAAGACCCCACAUCAAAUUCAAAGGUAGCUCCCACAAUCGCAGAAAGAAAAGUGUCCCGGCCUGAUGACCAUUCAAAUAGUCUAACCAAACCAAAAGAAGACAAGGGAAAAUCAAGUAAAAGAUUGAAGGAACUAGGCAGUCUACAUCAGAUGAAUGAAGUGCUAAAUGAUUUACAGCAUGAAAGAGAGAGGCGUAAAUCACUUGAACUUCAAGUUCAAGAGAAACAAAGUAAAAUAGAUGAGCUGGACCAAGAGCAAAUAACUCUGAUUGAUAUGAUCGCAGAAGAAAGGGGGCGGAGAGAUGCUCUGGAGAAGAGUUUGAGGAAUAAGUUAAAGGAAGCAUCUGCGACAAUUUCUGAGCUGCUUGAGGAGGUGAAGCAGCUAGAAGGCAAGAAGGGUUGA